UCACUAAAUAAUUAAUUACCACUAUAUAGUAGCACCACCAAUUAAACAAAUCUAUAGUAUGUAAUAAAAUUCAAUAAGACAAAUGAAUUACAUAGCAUAGUGCAUAGGCUGCACAAAAAGGAAAGCCUAUAUUUGCCUUACAUAUUAUAGGCCUCACAGUUCAUGUCUGUUUCAUAUUAAAGCCAUUGUUAUUAUGACUUUGGAGCUUCGAGAACUGUGAUAACAUAUUGUGCUCUUUCUUAUAUUUAUACAUAGUAUAUAUCACAUCCUUCCUUAGUUUUUUCCCUAAACACAAGGAACUAAAACACUUCACCAGACUCUUUCUUUCCCCUCAGCUUUUUUGUUUCCUUCAUUCCCAUUUUUCUUUUCUUCCUAUUUCUGUUCUGUUAGACCAUAAUUUCAGGAUCUUGUUCUUUCUUCCUUGUUGGGGUGUGUGUUUAUUUGUCCCACUUCACAGUUGUUAUACUUUUAAGACAGAAAUGCUUAUAUCAUAAGAAUUAAACUAUAUCCAUCUUCAAUUUGUUUUGUUUUGACUCAAUAAACAACAUAAUGAAGAAUUGCACUAAGGUUACUAUUGUUGUGUUUAUGCUCUUUUUGAGUGGAAGAUGUUGUGGACAAGAAGAAGAUUCUGAUGUUACUCCAAUGGAGAAAGCAGAGGUGGAAGCUCUGUACUCUACAAUUCAAGGCUUUGUUGGUAAUUCAUGGAAUGGCUCAGAUCUCUAUCCAGAUCCCUGUGGUUGGACUCCAAUUCAGGGAGUCUCUUGUGAUUCCUUCAAUGGACUUUGGUAUGUAACAGUUCUUAACAUUGGACCAAUCCAUGAUAAUUCUCUAAGUUGUGCUGAAAAAUUGGAAUUUAGACAAGAAUUAUUUCAACUCAAGCACCUUAAAGUUUUAUCUUUCUAUAACUGUUUUCAAUCACCAAAUAAGGUUUCAAUUUCAAUCCCUAAUGGAAGUUGGGAGAAACUAGCUGCAAAUUUAGAAUCACUUGAAUUUAGAUCAAAUCCAGGUCUUAUUGGAAACAUUCCCUCAAGUUUUGGUGCUCUAAAGAAUCUUCAAUCCUUAGUAUUACUAGAAAAUGGUUUAACAGGUAAAAUACCACAAGAUAUUGGUAACCUUGUAAAGUUGAAGAGACUUGUUCUUAGUGGAAACAAUUUUAGUGGAACUAUUCCAGAUAUUUUUGGAGGGUUAAGGGAAUUACUAAUCCUUGAUUUAAGCAGAAAUUCAUUAUCUGGAACAUUGCCUUUGACAUUUGGAAGUUUAAUUUCAUUAUUGAAGCUUGAUGUUAGUCACAAUUAUUUAGAAGGGAAGCUUCUAGAUGAAUUUUGUUAUCUUAAGAAUUUGACUCUUAUGGAUCUUAGGAACAAUAGAUUUAGUGGUGGAUUGGUUUUGUCUUUACAAGAGAUGCAUUCAUUGGAAGAAAUGGUUUUGUCCAAUAAUCCAUUAGGUGGUGAUAUAAGAACCUUAAAGUGGGAAAAUCUUCAAAACUUGGUUAUUUUGGAACUCUCUAACAUUGAAUUGAAAGGGGAAAUUCCUGAGUGUAUAUCAGAAUUAAAGAAAUUGAGAUUUUUGGGACUUAAUGAUAACAACCUUACAGGUAACCUGUCACCAAAGCUAGAAAAACUUCCUUCUCUCAAUGCACUUUACCUAAGUGGAAAUGACCUUAAAGGUGAGCUUAAAUUCUCAAAAGGGUUUUUUGGUAAAAUGGGAAGACGUUUUGGGGCUUGGAGCAAUCCUAAACUUUGUUAUCCAGUUGGAGUAAUGUCAACAGAUUAUAUUCCAUAUGGGGUAAAACCAUGCCACCAAGAAGAGGUUCAUUUGUUAAAAUCUAAUGCUAAAAAUGUGCUUCUCAAUGGGGAUAUAAACCAGACUUCUCAUUUCAUAACCUCUUUGGGAUUUUCUACAUGUGAGGCUACUAGUGGUUUCUUGUGGACUUUUAUGAUAUUGGGUCUACUAUUUAAUUUUUAUAUAGUUUUUUAAUCAUCAUAAAGUGUAACUUUGGCUUUUAACCUUUUAGGUGUUACAUUACAACACAAGCUGUUUGUGUUUUUCUAUUUUAUUCUAACAUAAUCUAAUAGUCUUGUCAAUUUGUUAAUUAGAUAACAAGUUUACCUUAACAUUAAUCAA